UAUUGUUCAUGGCCAAUGGUAACAGGAUUAGAUGCGGAUGGAAAUCUUUGUGACGUUUUUAUAUGCAACAGCAGCUCCAACAAAUCGAAAGCAAAUGGCAGUUUUUUGCUUUUCCAAAAGUUCAGUACCAGCUUAAGAGAAAGUAUAGAAGCCUGGAAUAUUGGGACCAAUCGUUGGUUACGUAUUAUUGUGUAUGAAAGAGUAAAGAAUGCUACAGUCCUAACUUACGCUUUAUCCGCCAUUUGGCAUGGAUUUUAUCCUGGUUAUUACCUGACUUUCGCAGGUGGAGCACUAUUUACACUUGCUGCAAGAACCAUGAGACGAAGUUUAAGACACUAUUUUUUGUACAGUACUGAGAGUAAAUUUAUUUAUGACGUAAUUACCUUCUUAGUGACACGUUUGGCUAUGGCAUACAUUACGUUCACUUUUGUUGUAUUGGAAUUCUGGCCCAGCAUUAGAUUAUACCUACAUAUGUACCUGUGCCUUCAUAUCUUAGCAUUGUUGGCGUUGACAUUAGUGCCUCGAUUGACAUCCAAAACUGUUCCUGGUAUUUCAAAUUCCAUUGCAAAUGGCAGUGUGGCACAUGCCUUGAAACAUGCUUCACCUCUAACGAACAGUGUGUCAAAUCACCAUGACUGAUUUUGUAAUCCUUCCUACAUAUCAUUGCUUACAGCUUAACACUGUUUAAGUAAUUCCUCUUAGUUUCUUCUUUAUUAUAUGCCUUCAUGUUUCUAUUGAAUUUUAUAUUGAAUCUGUAAAUGUUCUGUAUGUUGUAUUUGACAUAUCUGUCUAACUUGCUCAUUGUGAUAAUGCGUAUAACAUUUAUAUACCUGUCUAUUGCUCAUUGUGUUUAACUUGGUACGAAAUGUUUGAAUAUUUGUCAUGUUGGAAACUGUUCACAAAAACUAUAAAUAGAUAUUAUAAAAUAAUUGAAAGAUAUCGUACUUGGUUAAGUACAGUGUAAAAUGUUUGGUCAGUUUUUUUGUUGUAUGAAUUUUAAUUUUAUUACAUAUUACAUUUGAAUUAUACCUAAUCUGUGAUUUCAAACACCUCUUAUUUUUACACUACAAAUUUGUAUCCAUAUUCAUUAUGCUUUCUAAUUUUUAGGAAGACAUUUUUAUUGCGCCAAAUCAAUAAAGUUGCAUUUUACAGUAUUCCUUCAGUUAGUUAUUUAAAAGUUUAGCAUCAGUCUUUCAUUUUGCAGUUAAACUUAUAUGAUGGGAAAACAUCCUAUGUGAAUAUAUGCUUGCAUGAACAUGAACUGUUGAAUAGGUUUAACUGAAAUAUGAAUGAACAACUCAAAUUAAUUUAGAUAUGAUUUCAGUGGUACUAAAUAUAGACAAAAGUAAUUCAUAAAACUGUUUGUAUCACAUUUAAAUUGAAAAACCCACAAUCUACAUUACAAAAUCAAUACUUAUUUAUUUGAUGACAUACCUAUUAGUACAAUGCAUCUUGAUUGAAAUACUAUCCCUAGUGUCUCUGAUAUAGAAUUUUCCAUUGAUAAAAAAUUGGUCUUCCUGUUAAUAAAUGUCUAGUUUUUAAAAGUGUAUAUAUUUAUUAAUUUGCAAGAUUUAUUUUUUAAUAAAGUUAAUUCAAAUAUA